AGAUAUUAAAGCAUCAAUUUUAUAGUUGCUAAGUUUUUGAAAUGGAGUUUCGAAAUCUGUGAUUUUUUUGGUAAAAUUUUAAAACAGUGUUUCAAUUUUAGUGGAUUUCCAAAGGCAAAGAUUACAAUUACAAAAUGUCGAGAAAAACAGUACACAUAUGCGCGGGCCAGAGUAUGACGUCGCCGGACAACGGGAAACUUACUUGCUCUUUACAAGGAGGAAUCAACAAAUGUAAACUGACUUGUAACUCUGGCACAGCGAGCCAGGAGAGAAUCCAAUGCAAAAGAGGUUAUGGUUGGAGGCCAACACAUAAAUUAGAAUGCAAAGGUUCUUCGGUUGGAGUAAUUAUUGGAGUUCUAAUCGGUGGUCUCGCAGCAGUCAUUUUGAUCGCUAUUGGUUACGCAAAAUAUAACGAAAGAAAAAAGGCAAGACUGGCGAGGGAAGCCGGGGAAACAGGGAACCAGGAACCAGCUUCAAGACCUGGUAAAAACUUGGGAGUCAGUAACCCAGCCGCACAUUUUCCGAAUGUACAUGAUAGACCUCCGAUGUCAUCACGUCACCAAGCAGCAGCAAGAGAUUGGGACGAUACGAAGAGUACACGGUCACACCGUAGCCACGCUCCCUCCGUAAGAUCAGGAAUCCACGGAUACGACAGACCUGUACCUACUGCCCCAGUACCACAACGCACACCCCGACAAAAUAGAAGCAGUGGUUCAGGAGGACAACACCAUCACCAAGGUUACCAGAUGGCGGCUCCAGCACAUGAAGGCUACGCUCCUGCACCACCGGCGUAUUCUCAGAUGUACCAGCAACAGCAGCACGGCGGGCAUGGAUACGACCAAGGCAUUCCCCAGUAUGGCUAUAACCAGCAGCCUGCCGCUCCAAUCGGAUACGGAGGACUCCACGCCCAGCAAGACUACGGGCGACCAGCGCGUGGACCAUACAAAGUUCCGAUCUAGGCAUCCUAUAUAGAAGGCCGCUCAAAAUCGUUGUACAUUUACGGAGCUGUAAGCCUAACUUAACAGUAAAGCAGGGAUAUCGCUUAUGGUUUGUACAAAAUUACUGUAACAAAGUAUUUUUUGUUUAAGUAGGACUACACAAGCUGUACUAUUUCUUGGCUGACAUGUGCAUUACUGAUUAACGAUGGUAAAACUAACUUAUGUUCUUGUUUUCUGGCAUUGGAAUGUCUUUUACUUCGCAGUUUGUAAUUAAAUAUGAAUUCAUUUA